AUGACUUGGUGGGGGCAAUGUGCGAAGGUUCAAUGGAUUGAGGAGGGGGAUGGGAACACACAUUUCUUCCACAAUAUGGCGUCGGCGAGAAGGAGGACCAAUCUCAUUGAGCAGCUCAAGCAUACGGAUGGGAGGACUGUUACUGAUCAGUCCGAGAUUUUGAGAAUGAUGGAAGAAUUCUUCCAACAGAAAUGGGAGAACAAUGAUAUCAUAGACUACGGGUGGCCCUCUUUUGAUUCGCAUUUUGCUUGCUUGCAGCGCCUGGGCAUGUCUCUGGAUAGUGAGAUCACCCGUGAGGAAAUAUGGCAUGCGGUGAAGUCUAUGGGAAAGAAUCGUGCUCCUGGACGUGAUGGUGUGACGGCAUCCUUCUUCAAAUCGUUUUGGGACAUUGUUGGUGAACAGGUCAACUUGGCGUGCUUGGAGUUUUUCUCUUUGGGACGGAUGGAGCCGGAGUGGAAGGAUAUUGUGGUGGUUUUACUGCCUAAGGACAAUAAUGCGGACUAUCCUUCUAAAUUUAGACCGAUCAGUCUCUGUCAAACUAUCUACAAGGUCAUUGCGAAGAUUUUAGUUAACCACAUCAAAGGCAUAUUGCCUUCCAUUAUUUCGGAGGAACAAGCAGCCUUUAUACCGGGGAGAUCAAUCUCUGAUCACUGUCUUUUGGGGCAGGAGAUCAUCAACAUGUUCAAGGUCUCCAAGUCUGCUAAAGGAUGGUUGGCAUUGAAAGUCAACAUGGAGCAAGCCUAUGACAAAAUGAACUGGAGAACACUGGAGAUUGUGCUGACUAAAAUGGGUUUCCCCCAAAUAUUUCGAUCGUGGGUGAUGAGUUGUGUCACUGCUCUACGAUUUGCCAUUCUGGUGAAUGGAACCCUUACGGAUGGGAUCACGGUUGGCUGUGGUGCUACCAUCCCUAAUGUUCGGAAGCUUCUGACGACCCUGGAUGACUAUUGCGGCUGGACGGGGCAAAGGAUUAACAAAAAUAAGUCUGCUAUUCUGUUUAGCAGAAUGGUUACGACCUCCACUAGAAGCCGUCUAGCUAGGCUAGCGGGGUGUCGUAUGGUGACGGAAAUGGAUUACCAUGGCAUAAAAUUCGUGAUGAGAAGAAGGCUCACGAAGGCGGAUUUCAGCCCUCUCCUACAGAAAAUUCAAUCGCACAUCUUAGCUUGGGGUACUCGUCAGCUAUCUUUGGGUGUUCUUGCUGAAGCGGAAAGACUUUGUCGGAGCUUCCUCUGGGAUAAGGAUCAGAAUCACAAGAGUCUGCAUUAUGCAUCUUGGGGCAGCCUCACCAGAUCGAGGCGCCAGGGAGGUCUCGGUUUUCAUGCCAGAAGCAGCUGGACGGGGCCACUCAGUGUAAGAAUUGCCUGGGAUUUCGUAAACAAGCCUCAUAAUCUUUUCCAAAGGUGUAUGAGGCACAAGUAUGGGGCUUGGCCAUGGAUGAUGGAACAUAAAAGAGGUGAAUCGAAUGGGUGGAGAAUUAUCUGCAGUGGGGCGAAGAGUUUGGACUAUGCCAUUUGUUCUUGGCCGACGUUCUGUAAUAUUGAGCUUGCCGUGGGCAGCCGGGUGGACGAGUUCAUCAUGACGGGUGGUGGAUGGGAUCGGAACAAGCUACGGCAUUAUUUUGGAGAGACCCUCGUCGAGUUGAUUUGCGAGGUGAUAAUCUGGUCGGAGCUUCAUACCGACACUCUUGAGUUAACUAAGAGCACGUUGGGCACCUCGUUGUCCACUAUCUGCUACAAUGCGGAGUAUACGGGGGAGGAGGACCAGGUUUGUACCAUUCUGCAUAUGCAUAUGCGACCCCGUGAGAGAGUCUUCUGGUGGAGGCUGGACCUCAUCCCUACUCUUACUUGGCUCAACUGUCGGGGCCUUGGGGCUGGGCUCAGUUGUCUGAUCGGUUGUAACCAGCAUGAAAAUCUCGAUCACGUUACGACGCAAUGUCUGCAAUUACUCAAGAUCCUGAAGCGUCUGGAUGAUUGGGGCUUUGUCACGCCCAGGUUUGCGUGUUUUAUGGAUUUGAAGGAAGCUCUGCAGAGGGGACUUGCGACCAAAGCCUACUGGACAAAGAUCUACUGCUCGGCGGUCUUCUAUAGCUGGGGAAACAGGAACGCUAUUCAUCAUGGCAAGACGGUGAACUCCAUUACUGGACUGGCCGCAAUGGUUCUCGGAUCCACCAGCCACGGUGUUUUUUCGAAUAGCUUGGAGCAACGGUUCACCCAUCAAUCCGUUGGAUUGUUUCAGAAUGCAUCUUGGUGUCCCCCCCUUCAGGCUGGUUGA